CCUGGUCACGUGACUUAAGGCCAAUUGAGCGGCAGACUCCCUUUCUGAGUAAUACCACGGUCUGGUGUGUCCCUUCAGGAGCCCAGCCUUUGGGCACACAUGAAACCACGGGUGCGAGCAUUUCUCCUGAUCGCAGAAGCCACGCUGCAGAAACCGCGCGGGAGCGGGUUCAGAAGGGAAGAAACCGCGCCCCUCCCCCAGCGUCUGGUGACAUCAUUUCCCAGAGGCCUUCACGCAGGCUCCGCUGGUCCUUUGAGAUUUCCAGAAGGGCGCCCCUUGAGGCAGCAGGCGGAGCUGCGGGAACCAUAUUACCCGGCAGGCUCAGCGCCAAGAGGCGGUAGCGCUGGGCCAAUGGCAGCACGGGGCGGGGAUUCCACGUCACGCGAGACCCAAGGCGCCGUCCUCGUGGGCGUCGUCCUGGGUGCUUCUGCGUCUGUUCACCGGGUCGCUGCUCCAGGAGUCUCGGCGGGCUUGAGACCGCGGGACCUGGGAGGUGUGAGGAGAGGCAUCAUGUCCCCUUUGCACCGAGGCAGGGCUGAGGGUGCGUGGGAUGGGUCACAGGAGCCCUUGGGACCCCCCGCGGCCUCCCCACUACUGCGGCCCACUGUCCGCGAACAGGGUCCCGCGGCGGCUGCACAGGCGCAGAUGGGCCCGGCACAGGCACCAGUGACUUUCAAGGACGUGGUUGUGACCUUCACCCAGGAGGAGUGGGAAUUACUGGACCUGCCACAGAGGACGCUGUACUGGAGGGUGAUGAGGGAGACCUGUGGGCUCCUGCUCUCGCUGGGUGAUGAAGCAAAAACCAGGACCACGGAGCCUUCUGCUUCUCAGUCAGCCGUGUUUGAGGGAUGCUUAUCCCACAGGUUACCGACUCAGGAAGACUCCGGUGUUUCCAUGCUGGGAGAGGCCAGGGAACAAGAAGAACCAUCCAAAAAACAGGGAGGGCCUGUGAAGACAGGGAUAGUCCCGUUCAAGGAGACUCUCCCUGGAGAGAUGAACCCCGAGUGUGGUCAUUGGGGAACAGGUGAAAAUCUGUGUACAAAGGACUUACAGGAGCAAGUCUCUGCAGGAGAUGCUCUCCAUGAUUACGAAUCACGUGGAUCAAGGAAAGACCCCUCGAUUCAUGGAGGGAAGAACUCGUACAAGUGCAAGGAAUGCGGAAAAGGGUUUAAGAAGAAUCGCUUCCUUCUCCAGCAUCAGUGGAUUCACACUAAAGUAAAACACUAUACAUGCAAAAAGUGCGGGAAGGCCUUUCUCAGGAAGGCAGAGCUCACUGGACACUACGGCGUUCACAUGGAGAAGAAGCUCUAUGAGUGCAUCAGGUGUGAGAAGGCCUUCAGCCGCAGGUCACACCUCACAGAGCACCAGCGGGUUCACACUGGGGAGAAGCCCUUUGUGUGCAUUGAGUGCAGGAAGACCUUCAGCCGCAGGUCACACCUCACAGAGCACCGGCGGAUUCACAGCGGAGAGAAGCCGUAUAUGUGCAGCGAAUGCGGAAAGGCCUUUGCCCGCCACUCUGAUUUUAUUCGGCAUAACAGAACCCACACUGGAGAAAAGCCCUUUGAGUGCAAAGAGUGUGGGAAGGCCUUUUGUAACAGCUUUUCUGUAACUCGACACAUGAGGUGUCAUUCUCAGGAGAAGCUCUAUGAGUGCAGUGAGUGCGGAAAGACCUACGGCUACCGCUCGACCCUCGCUACUCAUCAAAAGAUCCACAGUGGAGUAAAAUCCUAUAAGUGUAAGAGAUGUGGGAAGGCCUUUUACCGGAAGACGGGCCUCAGUCAACAUCAGAGAACUCACACUGAGUUCCGAAAGAGACCUUUUUAAAGUGACGACUGUGGCGGAUCGUUUGACCGGGAGAGCGUUACUUGGCUUGGCAUCUAAGAGUUUGUACCCGAGGCUUCCCUGCGUACGUGUCCUCCUUCGUGUGCACGGCUCCUGCUGGGGCUACGGCAUUACCUUUACCUGUGGCUGAGCCCUGGCACUUCAGAGACCGGAGGCCAGGCUUCCAAACACGACUUGGUUCUUAGGAGAGGGACCUUCUUCCCACACCUGAGAGUGCUUUGCUGUCACGUGGCCUGCAAAGAGGCCUGGGCCUGUUUGUCCCAAGGCACAAGUGAUGUGCUUUGCAGUGGACAGAGGGCCCUCUCCCCUCAUUGUCCACAUCUCCCCCUGGAACUUUAUGUGUUCACAGGGGCCUGCUGUGGAAUGGGCAGGAGUCACGAGAACCCUAUCCUUCACGCCCAUUAUCCUGCACGGUGCCUGGUGUCGUGGAGAUACAUGGGUGACUGAGACGUGCGCCUUGCUGUCUAGAAGGGAGACACGCGUGAUAACACAGAGGUGUAGAGGUGUAGUUUGGCCACUCUGAUGCUGUGGCAGCAAUGUGCCUGUGGUCCCCAUGUGGCAAUGAAGAUCAAGGUCAAAACUUUGGCAAGGAGGGCAGAUGUCCUUUGGGAAGAGUGGUCCAGUGGUGAAGGUUUUGGACCCUCGGGAUACUGGAAUUCGAGCACUUCCGAGCUGUGCCCAUCGCCAUCUGGGUGACCUUGGUUAUGUCAUCUCCCCACACGCCUCUUGUUACAAAAGUGGGGAGAUCCAUGUUAAACUGUGAAGCAUGGGCAGAGGAGCAGACAGUAUACAAAGGUGAGAUCACACAUACCCAUGAGGAAUGGAGGAGCCCCAGCCAUGUUCGAAGAUGAGGAAGAAUGUUCUGGUAAAGGGAACAGCAUGUGCCAAGACCCUGAGGCAGGGGAGAGUUGGCCUUGUUAGUGGAAGCAGCUGAAGGCCAGUGUGUCCGGAGGAAAUGAGUGGUGGACAGUGAGAUGGAAGAACAGGGGUGGAUGCGGUGUUGGCAGGCUGAGGAAGGGAUUCACCACGGCAGUGGCAUGUUCUUGCUUCUGAGUUCCCCCUUGGCUGCUGUGUAGAGAGCGAAUUGAAGAAGGGAGAAUUGAUGUGGGAGAGAGACGAGGCCACCAUGUAACCCAGGAGUUCGUUGGCAUUGCCUGACCCAGGAUGGUGGCAUUGGAAUUGGUGGGGAGAGGAUGACUUAGGAUGUGUUAGGAGGCAGAGCGCACAGGACAUGUGCAUAAUUGGGAUGAUGAACGAGCCCCGAGGAAUGACUUUCCUUCCUCGAUCCUCAAGAGGAAGCCCUCUGCAUCCAUGGAAUGUGACGUGGGGCCUGUCCUCAUGUUCUGGUCUUCAGUCAGCACCUAGUGUGUUGAGUGAGCAGGUGAAGCUGAAGACUCCCUUUCUCAGACAGAAAACUGGCAGGACUCCUUGUUCCCGUGAUGGUCACAUGGGCGGUGAAUUUACCAUGACCUUUUUUCUCUAAUGGAGAGGGGCCCUAGGUACGUAGAUUUGCACAGGAAGCCGUGCAGGGCAGUGAUGACGCCUGCCUCUCCAUGGGCACCAUUCUCAGCUGUGCUUCUUACCAGUGGCCAGGACUCAGGGCCAUUCAGGAAUGUGGGGGGUUCUCAGUUUCCUCCUCUGUAAAUGGUGAUCUAAUAAGCCUCAGCCUCGGUAUCUGUGAAACAAGAGUGUUGACUGAUGCACUUCACCAGGUGGUUGUUCAGAUUAAAGGAUAGUGUUGUGAAGUACCUGGUGUCAGCUUUGCAGGUGUUCUUAAAUGUUCACGGUUGUUAAAAUUGUUUUCACUGAAGUGUUACCCCUUUGUGCCACCCUAUUCUUUUCUCAUCGGGAGAUGUGCUGAUGGGAUUUGCUGGUAAAAAUAUACUUCAGGUCCCGAGAACAUCUCAGCUGAUUUUAGGCUUUAAGAAACUUGUUCAUAGAUUCUGGUGAACCUCGGCAUGAGGUCUUGGUUCCAACCAAAUCCAGGACAUUGUUCGCCCCCUGGUUUCUUUUCCUGGUGGAGAUGGGGUGGCUGAGGGUGCCACAGAAUGUUAGUUUUGCUUUAAUGGAAAUUCAAAACUUGCACUUGAAAUUUAUGGGUGAAAAUUAAGUACCUUGUGAAGGGAGGUUUGAACCAUCUAAAAGUACUGACUAAUGGGGCACCCGGCCGGCUCAGUUGGAAGAGCAUGCAAAUAUUGAUCCUGGGGUCCUGAGUUCAAGCCCCACAUUGGGUGUAGACAUCACUUAAAUAAAUAAAGUUUUAAAAAAAUUUUAAAAAGACUACUAAUUUAUUUCAUAUCUCAUGUAAUAUUUGAUAUAUCUGGGAUUAAUAUAUCCUCUUAUUUUAUGGCUUUGUCUCCCUUGUUCUUUUUCUGAUCCUUUAAAAAAACAACUAUUACUCAGAAUCCAGAUUUUUUUAAAAUUCUAGUUUAAAAAGCAUAUUGUUUGUUAUUGUUUAAACUAAAAUUUACAAACACAACAGUAGAUGACAGAAUUAUAAAUACUUUUCUGUCUUCCCAGGCAAUAUAAGGGACUUAGAAGAUGAGCUAGCAUGUUCUGUCUCCGUAUAUGUGUUGAGAUUAUGCAUGUUAACUCUAUCAGUCUAACUCCACAAGGAAAUGUUAUUCUUGUUUAAGGCAAGUAACGAGCCAGAUGAGUAUGCGUUCCCCUCUUGGGUCCUCAUUCCUUCUGUAAUUGCAAGUAUUUCAUCUGAGAUUACUUUCCAACGUCCUUAAACAUAACCUUUAGGAUUUCAUUUUAUGUGUGUUAAUCUUCCAUUAAAUUCUUCAUUUUUGGCUUGAAAUACUAUUAUUUUGUAUUCUUUCUUGACAGUUUUACCAUAUAUAGAAAUCUAGGUUGGCAUGGGUUUUUUUCCUUCAGCACAUCCUUGAAGAGGUCCUUCCACUUUGUUCUAGAAUCAUAAUUAUAUUGGGAGUGAUUGGCAACAAGUA